GACGUCAUGAAAGGAGAAAGGUUUGUUGUGGAUGACUUGAGUGGAUGUGAGAAAGAUUCGCGCUUCUUAUAACCCUUAAAGUCACUGACGGUCCAUUCCACGAUAUGGAGGUGCCAAAAGCUGAUAUAGAAGUAGUCGUAGUUGGUCCCAAGGAAGACGAAGAGGAUGCACUUUCCGACCGGCCUAAUAGGAGAUCUGGAAGUUUCUCUGACAACAGCACGCCGUACAUGACUGACUCUGAAGGAGAAGAUUUCUUCGAUGCUAAGGAGGAAAGGGAAGAAGAAAGCAGCAAAAAAACUAGAGAGAAAGUUACAAGGAAAUCCAGUAUGAUUAAGUUAACGCCAGAGUUGAAGAGCAAAAUUGUCAAUCAGACGGAGUUCUUGUUCAGCGACGAUAACUUGGAAAAAGACGGGUUUUUGUUGAAGCACGUGAAAAGGAACAAAGAGGGGUAUGUCAAUUUAAAACUUUUAUCGUCGUUUAAAAAGAUGAGGUCUAUUUGCAAGGAUUAUAGAGUCAUCUGUGAGGCACUAAAGGACUCAACAUCGCUAGUAAUGAAUGACGAAUGUACAAAAAUUAGGCGGAAGGAUCCACUCCCAGAAAGGUUACUUGACCAACCGCCAGUUAGAUUUGUUGUCAUUUCUAACAUGAAAACAGAAAACCCUUCAAUGGACUUUCUUUCUGAGUUAUUUAAAGAUAAGGGGGAGAUAGCUGGUGUCCGAAUCGUUCGCCCUGGAAAGAAGUGCCCAGCAGAUUUGCAGUCUCAUUUUGCACACAACCCGGACCUGGCAAAUGAAACUGUUGCCGUUGUGGAAUUCGAAACUGCAGAAAUGGCCUCUAAUGUUGUCAAACUUGGACUUGCGGAUAAGUUCAAAGAUAUCGAUCUUAGUCCGUUGCAUCUGGGAGUCAAACAACUUGCGAGACGAACGAAACAGCUGUCAGGUGGAAGUGAUAAUAAGAGUGAAAGUGAAGAGGUUACAUCAUCAAAAGAGGAUGAAAACAACCAGCUUAAAGUUUCUAGAACAAAGAAGAACGAGAAGAAAAAAGUGAUUAAAAAAUCAAAUCAGCAAUUCAGGGACGAAAGCUGCCCAAGCUCUUCCGAUAAUGACGCAAACUUUUCACCAUUCAGCAGCUACAGAAGAAGGUAUGAAGGGGGAAGUAGAUCCCAAGGAAGCAGUCCAAGGUCGAGUCCAAAGCUUCAGACAAAGCUGUCAGAUUCAAGGAAUUCUGCAGGAAGCAGCCCAUCAAGCCCCAGCUUACAGAAACGGCAGGUUGAUAAAAACUCUCUUAGAAAAGGGAACAAUUCUUUGAAGUAUCAAAGAGAGCUAAAAGUGUCACCUCUUGCUAAGGAACACAGCCCCGCAACAAGCCCAGAAAUUCAGCGAAAGCAGCAUCAGCGUGGAGUUGUUGUUGAAAGUUCAAGUCUGCCUAACAGCCCCUGGAUAACUCGAAGAAAACUCUACAAUAAAGAUCUCAAUGACAAUGAUGAUAAUCUUAAUGGGAAACUAAAUCCUUUUGGACUGAUAAGACAGCCAAGAGGUCCAGAUGGUACCAAGGGUUUCAUUUUUAAUGCAAGCAGAAUAGCCAUUCAUGCUUGAGGUAAUAACUUCACCUAUUGUUUAAUUAGUCAGUUAUUUUAUUAAAAGCUUGUAGAUGGGUCUCAGGUUUUAGUUGAAAUUGUUAUCUUUAUUUACAAAAUUUAUUGAAAAGAAAUUUCCAUUUUAAUCCUGAAAUUUGAUUCUUUUAUUGUUUAGUUUGUUGGUUUCUCGACAUAUUUAAUAAUUAUUCCUUAGCUACGAAAGGAUCUUGGUAUUGUUUAUUGUAAUCAUCCAGAAAAGGUUACACAAAGUCAAGAAUAUGAGAUGUGCUUAUGCAUUGGGAUAAAACCCUAUAUUUUUAUAUUUGAGUUCAGGUUGGUUUCAUCAUAGAUUAUAACCAAAAUGAGUAGACAUUCUAAAUUGUGUUUUGGGUAUUUACUGAACACUAUAACUGCAGGUGAUUGUGAUAAAGAUUUUUGGUUUCUGGCUAUUUUGUUAACUUGAGAAUUUCCAGAUACAUUUGUAAGAAUUUUUAAUUUCUUUGCCAGUGAUGUGGAGUACUGGAUAUUAGAACCAACAUCAGAUCUUUGCUCCCCCUCUUUCAAGGAAAAGCAGUUUUGAUGAUUUUGAAUUUUGUGUCUGUUCACUGGGUCAAAGAUUUGAAAAUUUAAGUCAUUUCAAAAAUGGUGAAUGUUAGCAUAUGCAUUAAUUUCAUGCUAGAUUGUAUGCUAAUGAGGUUGUAUGUUGUUAACCUAUAAUUUAAGUAUAUACUUAACUUUUUAAUGAGGUAGAAGUUAAAUAUUUAUAGUGUAAAAGUGCUAUAAAUAUGCCUGUAACAGAUUAAUAUAAACAGAAAUGGAAAAUCAGCUAGUCUGAAUGUUAAGAUUAAUUAUUAUUUUAUGGUGGGACUAAAUCAUCAGUUGGGGUAAGGGGCUAUUGUUGGUUGUUUUUAUAGUUGUGUGUUGUUGUUACCUAGAGGUUUUCCAUAUGGGGACAAGUUUAGUUUAAUUUGUAAAUAUAGUUCAAAUGUUUAGUCUAUUUCUAUAUUUAUUUGUUCUAAUACUCUUAGUAACCAUAGCUUCUUGGUUUUGGAGUCUUCAUAAGUAGUUUUAUAUUUUCUGCUCUUAGACCUUCACAUGGCAGUUUCCUUUAUUUUUCCAUCUAUGGUGUGUACAUCAUUCCUUUUUAGUGGGAUGCAAUGACUUCAUAUGUUUGUGCAUUGCUUAGGUUUUCCACCCCCUGCCUUGAGGGAUUUUAUUUAAGCUAGUAUAGUUCAUAUAAUGUCUGAUUAGUAUGUUGUAUUUAUUAACAGAACAUGUUUGUAUUGACUGAUUAUCAAAAUGUAUAAUAUGCAGA